AUGGCUUCCUCAGCUGGCUCUUCAGUGAGCGAGCUUUGCGCCCGACUCUACGAUGCCUGCUUGAGAAACUUCCCAUCCGACCAUCUCUUCUACCAGCAAGAUCUCCUCGGACUGGGGAUCGUCCCCAAGAAUGACCUCGCGCUACUCCUUCAAUGCACUCAAUCGCUCGUCGACCAGAAACUGUUCCGCCUGCUCCAGGGAAAGAAUGAUCGGUUGGCGUGGAAGAUCAUCUCCCGGGAGGAUGCAGAGAAACUCCAGAACCUCAGCCCCGACGAAAGUUUAGUCUACAAUGUCAUCCACUCGACCGGACGGUCCGGCAUCUGGGUGCGCGCCAUCGGCACGCGCACGAACCUGCACAAGUCGAUCCUGGACCGCUGCCUCAAGUCGCUGGAAGGGAAGAACUACAUCAAGAGCGUGCACAAUGUCAAGUUCCCUAGCCGGAAGAUGUACAUGCUGGCGGGGUUGGCGCCCAGCGAGGACGUGACGGGCGGGGCCUGGUUCACGGACGGCGUGCUGGACGAGAACUUCAUCAACAGCGUGGCCGGGUUCAUCGAGUGGAAGGUCAGCCAGAAGAGCUGGUACGAGGUGCCCGCCGUCCAUCAUCGCAACAACAAGCGCCUCAAGACCGCCGACGGGAACGGGGUCGUCAGCAGCAGCAGCGGCGGCGGCGGCGGCGGCGGCGGCAACCCCUACGAAACCGACCCCCAACCGCAGAAGGAAUACAUCCCCUUCCCUGCCGGCUACCAGGGCUACCCCACCAUCCCCGAGCUGACGGCCGCUGUCAACGCCAGCGGCAUCACCCCCGUGCGACUCGGCGAGGAGAGCAUCACCCAGCUCCUGGAGAUGCUCUGCUACGACAACAAGCUGGUCGCCCUCAACAACGGCGAGGUCUACCGCUCCGUCAAGACCCCCGCCCAGGUCAAGUCGCAGCAGGCGCGCAAGCCCCCCGGCGAGGACUCCGGGAUCGACGACCGUCUCGUCCGCAACGGUAUGACCGAAGCCCCGUGCGGUCAUUGUCCGGUCUUCAAGCUCUGCGCGCCCGGCGGAGCCGUAAGCCCGGAAAGUUGCGAAUACUUCGAUCCCUGGUUAGAAAAAGCACUUGGAUUUUGA